CUUUUCUGAUAUGCUAUCAUGUCACAUUGCAGGUCCAUCAUGGCUAGAGCUUUAGUUCACUCAACAAACAUCCCAUCUUCAGUUGCCCGGGCUGGACAAUUCAAUGGAUCCGGGAAAAAACAAAGAACUGUUAGAAUGCUAUGUGAUGUAAAAUCUCAUUCCUUAAGGCUGAACAGUUUUUCAGGACUGCGAGGGUGCAAUGCAAUAGAUACCAUACUUGUAAAAUCUGGACAAACUCUCCAUUCAAAAGUGGCAGCUGCUACUUCUUUCAGACGGCCAAGAGGGUGCCGAUUUGUGCCAAAAGCAAUGUUUGAGCGCUUUACCGAGAAAGCAAUAAAAGUUAUUAUGCUUGCACAAGAAGAGGCCAGACGACUAGGUCACAACUUUGUUGGCACAGAGCAGAUUUUGUUGGGUCUUAUUGGUGAGGGAACUGGUAUUGCUGCUAAGGUUCUUAAAUCCAUGGGAAUUAAUUUGAAAGAUGCUCGUGUGGAGGUAGAGAAGAUAAUUGGAAGGGGUAGUGGAUUUGUUGCUGUUGAGAUUCCUUUUACUCCUCGUGCAAAGCGUGUUCUAGAACUCUCUCUGGAGGAAGCCCGCCAACUAGGGCAUAACUACAUUGGCUCGGAACACUUGCUACUUGGAUUGCUGCGCGAAGGUGAAGGUGUGGCUGCCCGUGUUCUUGAAAACUUGGGUGCUGACCCCAGUAACAUUCGCACACAGGUCAUACGGAUGGUUGGUGAGAGUAAUGAGGCUGUUGGUGCUAGUGUUGGAGGUGGAACUUCUGGCCAAAAGAUGCCUACGUUGGAGGAGUAUGGAACCAAUUUGACAAAGUUAGCUGAAGAGGGAAAACUAGAUCCUGUAGUUGGAAGACAGGCUCAAAUCGAGCGUGUCACUCAAAUCUUGGGUCGGCGUACAAAAAACAACCCUUGUCUUAUUGGAGAACCAGGUGUUGGAAAAACUGCUAUUGCUGAAGGUCUAGCUCAAAGAAUCGCUAAUGGUGAUGUCCCUGAAACAAUAGAGGGAAAGAAGGUCAUAACACUUGAUAUGGGAUUGCUUGUUGCUGGAACAAAAUACCGUGGAGAGUUUGAGGAAAGACUGAAGAAACUAAUGGAGGAAAUUAAACAAAGUGAUGAAAUAAUACUGUUUAUUGAUGAAGUGCAUACAUUGAUUGGAGCUGGAGCUGCAGAGGGAGCAAUUGAUGCAGCAAACAUCUUGAAACCUGCCCUGGCUAGAGGCGAGCUACAGUGUAUUGGAGCGACAACCCUGGAUGAGUACAGAAAGCACAUUGAGAAAGAUCCUGCACUGGAGAGGAGGUUCCAGCCAGUUAAAGUCCCUGAACCUUCUGUGGACGAAACCAUACAGAUCUUGAGAGGGCUUCGGGAGAGGUAUGAGAUUCAUCACAAGCUCCGUUACACUGAUGAGGCAGUAGUCGCUGCUGCCCAACUUUCUCACCAGUACAUCAGUGACCGCUUUCUGCCUGAUAAAGCAAUUGACUUGAUUGAUGAAGCUGGUUCCCGUGUUCGACUUCAGCAUGCACAGCUCCCCGAGGAAGCAAGAGAGCUGGAGAAAGAUCUUCGCCAGAUUACGAAGGAGAAAAAUGAAGCUGUCCGCGGUCAAGAUUUUGAAAAGGCCGGGGAGUUGCGUGAUAGAGAAAUGGAUCUUAAGGCACAGAUCUCAGCCUUGAUAGACAAAAACAAAGAGAUGAGCAAGGCUGAAUCUGAGGCUGGAGAUGCAGGUCCCGUAGUGACAGAGGCAGAUAUUCAGCACAUUGUCUCUUCCUGGACUGGCAUCCCUGUAGAGAAGGUCUCAACUGAUGAAUCCGAUCGCCUCCUAAAAAUGGAAGAAACUCUUCAUAACCGAGUCAUUGGCCAGGAUGAAGCUGUAAAAUCCAUUAGUCGUGCUAUCAGACGUGCUCGUGUUGGACUGAAGAAUCCCAACCGACCUAUUGCCAGUUUCAUCUUUUCUGGUCCAACUGGUGUUGGGAAAUCAGAGCUGGCCAAGACUUUAGCAACUUACUACUUUGGUUCUGAAGAAGCAAUGAUUCGGCUUGAUAUGAGUGAGUUUAUGGAGAGACACACAGUCUCUAAACUCAUUGGUUCACCCCCUGGGUAUGUUGGUUACACUGAAGGUGGUCAAUUAACUGAAGCUGUCAGGCGUCGACCUUACACUGUUGUGCUCUUUGAUGAGAUUGAGAAGGCUCAUCCUGAUGUCUUCAACAUGAUGCUUCAAAUUCUUGAAGAUGGAAGAUUGACGGACAGCAAGGGCAGAACUGUCGACUUCAAGAAUACACUCCUCAUCAUGACAUCUAAUGUUGGAAGCAGUGUGAUAGAGAAAGGAGGACGUCGUAUAGGUUUUGAUCUAGAUUAUGAUGAGAAGGAUAGUAGUUACAAUCGCAUCAAGAGCUUGGUGACUGAAGAGUUGAAACAGUACUUCAGGCCGGAGUUCUUGAACAGAUUGGAUGAGAUGAUUGUGUUCCGUCAGCUCACUAAGUUAGAGGUGAAGGAAAUAGCUGAUAUCAUGCUUAAGGAGGUUUUUGAGAGAUUGAAAAAUAAGGAGAUAGAACUUCAAGUGACAGAGAGGUUUAGAGACAGGGUGGUUGAGGAAGGAUACAACCCAAGCUAUGGAGCAAGGCCGUUGAGGAGAGCUAUUAUGAGACUGCUGGAGGAUAGCAUGGCUGAGAAGAUGCUUGCAGGUGAGAUCAAAGAGGGUGAUUCAGUAAUUGUGGACGUGGAUUCAGAUGGAAAUGUGACCGUCCUAAAUGGCAGUAGUGGUGCUCCCUCAGAUCCAGCUCCUGAGCCUAUCCCUGUGUAGAUUAAUUCUACAUUUAGCUCUGCAAAUUUGUUGUUUGUGUAAUGUUGCUUUCGUUUGUCUUGGCCUCCUGCGCUUAUGAAGCAACUUGUGAGUAAUUUUUUGGGGUGACGGGUGAUGAUAUUCUGCCAAUUUGGGAAAGCAGCAUCCAGGAUUGCACACUAUACUUACUGGAUUUCAUUGAAAUUGUAGUGACAGAUUAUGUAGAAGCAUUUCUUCUAAUUUAUGGUAGGUGAUAGUUGAAUUUGUCAUCA